AAAACCCCUCACUUCUCUGAGCGCCUGCGCCGCCUUACUCCACUACUGACUCGGGCAAAGGGGCUCUUUCUCUCUCUCCCUCUGCAGCCUUGCUGAACUGCGAAAAUACUUGCCGAUCAUUAGGGUUUAGUGACGCAGCAGUUGCAGAGGUUGGUUUAGAGAGAGAACGCUUCAUUAGAGAGAGAAACAAGAGAAGAUGGAAAAUCUGGCUCUUACUCUGCCCGUGGCCCGGCUGGUGCCUGGAUCACCGAAGGUUUCACCUCUUGGAGGUUUCUCCUCUGUCAAGCUUCUUCAACGUCCUUCGCCAUUGUCUCUCAAGCCCAACUAUAACUCUUGCUCCAUUUCUUCAAGUGGUAUAGAUGCGUCCCAGACAAGGUGUGAAGCAAUUGCUGUGGACACGUGUAGGGAGGUUGAAGAGUUGGCUGAUAUGGAUUGGGAUAACCUUGUUUAUGGGAUUACACCAACAGAUUACAUGUAUGUCAUGAAAUGUGCUAAAGGUGGACAGUUUACCAGUGGCGAAUUGCAGCCCUAUGGGGAGAUUGGAUUGAGUCCGUCUGCUGGCGUCUUAAACUAUGGACAGGGUUUGUUUGAAGGUCUAAAAGCAUAUAGGAAAAAAGAUGGUGCUGUGGUUCUCUUUCGUCCAGAAGAGAAUGGUUUAAGAAUGCAGAGGGGUGCUGACCGUAUGUGUAUGCCAUCACCUUCAUUAGAGCAGUUUGUGGAUGCUGUUCAGGAAACAGUGUGGGCUAAUCGACGCUGGGUUCCUCCAUUUGGAAAAGGUUCUCUAUAUAUUCGUCCCUUGCUUUUUGGAAGUGGGGCCAUUCUGGGCCUUGCACCCUCUCCCGAGUACACAUUUCUUGUAUUUGUAUCGCCAGUUGGGAAUUACUUCAAGGAAGGCUUGGCGCCGAUAAGCUUAUUGGUUGAUACUGAUUUUCAUCGUGCCACUCGAGGUGGGACUGGUGGUGUAAAGACAAUAGGAAACUAUGCAGCAGUUUUGAAGGCACAGACACGGGCAAAAUCCGAAAAGUACACUGAGGUUUUGUACUUAGAUUCUGUUGACAAAAAGUAUUUGGAGGAAGUUUCAGCUGCUAACAUUUUUCUCGUGAAGGGUAAAACAAUUUCAACUCCGCCAAUAAAAGGGACCAUUUUGCCAGGAAUUACGCGGUUGAGUAUUAUCGAUGUUGCUCGAAAUGAAGGAUACAAGGUUGAGGAGCGGCCUAUACCAGUGGAGGAAUUGUUUGAAGCCGAUGAGGUUUUCUGCACAGGUUGUGCAGUGGUUGUAUCUCCAGUUGGAAGUAUCACAUAUGAGGGAAAAAAGAUGCAAUAUGGAAAUGGCGGAGUUGGUAAGGUAUCUCAGCAACUAUAUUCGGCACUCACGGGUAUCCAGUGGGGACUCACAGAGGACAACUUCGGGUGGGUUGUCGACCUCAAAAAGUAAUUUGCCGAGAAGACAAAUAUGCUUUAGGAAGAUUUUUAUAUGAAUGAAUGUAUGGAGCAAGGAGCAUAUAAAAUAGAUAAGACUUUCUUUGGUUGGGAUGCUAGUAAGCAUUUUAUUAGGGUUUGAUUUCUGCUUGAAUGUUGUAAGAGGAACAUUUUCUAGAUGGUUUGGUUUUUCAAUCUUGAUUUGUCUACAAUCAGAGUGAUUCUCCGUAGUUCCAAUUC